AUGUCGGAAGUUAGCAAUAAUCAUAUCGCCGCAGUCGCGCCCCCUGCAUCUCCACCGGUCGUUCACCGGAGUGUCGACCGAAACAUAGUUUUGUUCACCGUCGAACGCGCGAACGACGGUGUGCCCCAUAUCACGUAUUUUGGCGUCCGCGAGAGCACCAUAAGACGGAUGUCAGUGCACUUCGAGAACAUUUUCAGUCUCGACCAGGGCCCUUUCAUGCAAGCGUCUGCGACGUAUGACGGGCUACGCGCGAUCGAAAUGGUGCAAGACGACCCUGCAGAUGUGGAAGCCUACCUUGCUGCACAUCAUACAGGGUACUUGGACAGCGUGAUAGAGUCGCGGAGCCACCCCGUUCACGGCCUACUGGAUGUCCCAGCGAUUCAUUAUGGCGUAUUGCGCUUGGCAGACAAAUAUGUUGCGACGGAUACCUUCAUGCACGUCGUGACGAAGCCUUUCUGUGAGAUAUGGCCGUCGCAUCUGUCGAAGUGGAUUGAGAGAACACAUCGCUUGAGAACGAGAGCGUACAGCGAGUUUCAGCCUGCAGAUGCCUUCCUCGAUGAGGGCGCACUUUCAUGGGAUCAGACGGCUCUGUAUCCCAAUCCCGUGCCCAUGUACGUCUUCGCUCUCAAGCACGAGAUACUCCACGCUUUGCUCCCCGUGCUUGCCUGCGACAUAGGGAGCACUUUUCAGCGUGACCCGGAUUCUCUCGAGGAUUUCGUUGGUGGCGAUGGUAGUUACCGGUACUUAAAGUGGUCACCGCUGGGGGAGUACGACCAGAAGGAACUGCAGGAAGGAUGUCGAGUCAUGCACCUGGAUUGUGCGCGGAAGCUCGACUUCGAAGUGUUCGUGGACCAGCGCAUUCAAGCUGCCCCACACAGAUGUAGAUACAGCACCAAUGGCACUAUUGAUGGCUAUGAGCUUCCGUGCAUAAGCGGCCUUGACAGGUUCUGGACGCGCCGCGUCUACUCGGUACUGAACUCUCCUACUUGGUCCAUCGACCUCCUGCAGCUUCCGACGGAACUCACGGCUGACACUUUCCCUGAGGGCGCUUGCGCGUCCUGCGCGUUUGCGAUGAUCAACCACAUCCGAGACGCUCAAUAUGUCAUCUGGGUGAAGCUCCCCAUUUACUUCCGUUUGUUCGGGCUGGUACCCGCAGAGUGGGGCUUUGGACCUGAUAGGGUCAAGCGUAUCGCUAUGCUGCCUAAGAUAUGGAGAACGGAAGUCACCGAGAUCUUGGAGAGAGGUCCGGGGGAGGGACAAACGAUAUACGAUCAAUUGAGAAACGGGGCCCCGCGUUAG